CUCAUAAGCCAAACUACACUUUUUAUAUUUCUAAGUCACAAGUGCACAUUAUACAUUACAUUAUAUUAUACUACCGCGUUAUUAUAAUUUCCAUCUUCAACUCUCUUCUUCUUCUAAAAAAUAAUCUCUUAGAAGCAUUUUAACAAACAUGUCAAAGGCAAAGUGGGAUUGUGGUAGCACGCUAUAUGAUUCAUAUGAACUCAACUCAUUCAAACGCCAAAUUGAUUCUGCUAUUGCUAAUUCACCAAGAACACAUUCCAUGCCUCAUUUAACCGAACGUAAAAUUCAUCUUCAACUUCAACCUCAACCUCAAUUACACUCCUCUGACGUCGCGAUCAACAACAAAUCGACUUUCAAGUUCUCGCGAACGUUCCAGAAACUUCUUCGAUUUGUUUUCAAAUCCGGUAAUAAUAAAUCCAACAAGAUUUCUAGCAGUUCAUGCAACAGCCGUAGCAAUAGCUUCCGAUCGUAUCAGAAAGAAGAAGAACGUUUAUGUGUGGUUUAUGAUAAGUUUGAGUCUGAGCCUGUUCUUCUUUCGACAAUUCCUGAACUACCUGAUUUUGAGAUCGCCGGAGUUUCGCCGGAUAUCAGUAACUUUGUUAGGAAGACAACUUCGGAGCGGUUUACGGCCAACGCUACUAUUGGUAUUUCGUGUGCUUAAUGCAACAGUAAUUUAGAUGAUGAUCAUAUUAAUAUUAAUAUAUCAAUAAUGCUAGCGAUAAGCUAGCUAUAGUUAAUUAGUAUUAGUAUUAAUUAGAAGUCAAAAACUUAGCAAUUACUGCUAACUAACAUGUGUAUAGCAAGUAUUAUUUCUGUUUUUAUUUUAUA